GCCCCGCCCGGCCCGGCCCAGCCCGGCCCGGCCCAGCCCCGGGUAAAGUUUCCCCGCGAGCACAUGACUCGCAAUGGCCGCUGCCGCCUCGCGCUGAGAGCUCCCCCCUUCGCCGCCGCCGUCCCUUCCUCUCCCUUCCCGGUCGGGUCCCGCUCCCCGCCGCCAUGCAGCAGCAGCAGCCGCCGCCGCCCGGAGCCCGCGGGCCGUGAAGGAGCUGCCGUGAGAAGCACCCCAGGAGCCGCGGCCGUGCCGGGACAGGCGCCGGGCAGCCCCAUGCUCUGCUCACCCCACGCCUGAACGCGCCCCCCCCUGCCCCCCCCCCCCAGCACCGGAGGCCCCCCGCCAUGGCCAGCAACAGCAGCUCCUGCCCCACGCCCGGGGGGGGGCACCUCAACGGCUACCCCGUGCCCCCCUACGCCUUCUUCUUCCCCCACAUGCUGGGGGGGCUCUCGCCGCCCAGCACCCUGCCCGGCAUCCAGCACCAGCUGCCCGUCAGCGGAUACAGCACGCCCUCGCCGGCCACCGUGGAGACGCAGAGCACCAGCUCGGAGGAGAUCGUGCCCAGCCCGCCCUCGCCGCCGCCCCUGCCGCGCAUCUACAAGCCCUGCUUUGUCUGCCAGGACAAGUCCUCGGGGUACCACUACGGCGUGAGCGCCUGCGAGGGCUGCAAGGGCUUCUUCCGCCGCAGCAUCCAGAAGAACAUGGUGUACACGUGCCACCGGGACAAGAACUGCAUCAUCAACAAGGUGACGCGCAACCGGUGCCAGUACUGCCGCCUGCAGAAGUGCUUCGAAGUCGGCAUGUCCAAGGAGUCCGUCCGCAACGACAGGAACAAGAAGAAGAAGGACGUGCCCAAGGCGGAGUGCUCGGAGAGCUACAUCAUCACGCCCGAGGUGGAGGAGCUCGUCGAGAAGGUGCGCAAAGCCCACCAGGAGACCUUCCCCGCCCUCUGCCAGCUCGGCAAAUACACUACGAACAACAGCUCGGAGCAGCGGGUGUCCCUGGACAUCGACCUGUGGGACAAGUUCAGCGAGCUGUCCACCAAGUGCAUCAUCAAGACGGUGGAGUUCGCCAAGCAGCUCCCCGGCUUCACCACGCUCACCAUCGCCGACCAGAUCACCCUCCUCAAAGCCGCCUGCCUCGACAUCCUGAUCCUGCGGAUCUGCACGCGCUACACCCCGGAGCAGGACACCAUGACCUUCUCGGACGGGCUGACGCUGAACCGCACGCAGAUGCACAACGCCGGCUUCGGGCCCCUCACCGACCUCGUCUUCGCCUUCGCCAACCAGCUGCUGCCCCUCGAGAUGGACGACGCCGAGACGGGGCUGCUCAGCGCCAUCUGCCUCAUCUGCGGAGACCGCCAGGACCUGGAGCAGCCCGACAAAGUGGACAAGCUGCAGGAGCCGCUGCUGGAGGCGCUGAAGAUCUACGUGAGGAAGAGGAGGCCCAACAAGCCCCACAUGUUCCCCAAGAUGCUGAUGAAGAUCACCGAUCUCCGCAGCAUCAGCGCCAAGGGCGCCGAGCGGGUGAUCACGCUGAAGAUGGAGAUCCCCGGGUCGAUGCCGCCCCUCAUCCAGGAGAUGCUGGAGAACUCAGAGGGCAUGGACACGCUGGGGGGGCAACCGGGCAGCCCCCGCGCAGGCAGCCUGGGGCCCCCCCCGGGCAGCUGCAGCCCCAGCCUCUCGCCCAGCUCCAACCGCAGCAGCCCGGCCACGCACUCGCCGUGACCCGCGCCCGGCGCGCACCAGGACAGAGCCCGGCCGCCGGCACAAUUUGAGGGUGCGAGCGGGGGGGGGCCCAGCUCCCCGGCUCUGGCUGCAGCCCCCCCAGUGGGGGCGGACUCCUCGCAGCCCCCCCCCCCCCCCCCCAAGCCGGAACAGCCCCGGGACUCCCCCCCACACACACACUCUUUUCCCCAGCCGGACCGGACCCAGCGGGGAGCAGCGCCCACCCCUGGCCCUCCCCAGCCCCGGGGGGGGGGGGGGGAGGGGCUGCGCAGUGCUUCGGUUGAGUUACAUUUCAGGGGCAUGGGGAUCCUCCCCCCCCCCUCCCCGGGCUUGGCCACGGCCCCCGGGACCCCCCCCCCCGCCCCCGGCCCCACCAGCACCAGCACAAACGGGAUCGCGACCACAGAGCCACCGCCCCGUCCCGUCCCAGUCUGGCGGGGAGGACCCGGCCAGACCCCGCACGCCGAGGAAGCAGAGUCAUUUAAAAGAGAAAGAAAGCAAAGUAUAUAUAUAUAAAUAUCUAUAAAUAUCUAUAAAUACGUUUUAAAACCUU